GCGGGUUGGGAACAUUCAGGAUGUCAUCAUCUGAACAGAAUACAGCUCACAGGGAUCAGUCUCUCCAGCCUCUUGAUCCAGUCAAGCGUUUAUUUGGCACCGAUAAUGAAGUGAAUCUGGAGAGCGAAUUGUGAAACGUUGAACUUCUGUUUUUAGCGUUUAUAUAUUGAUUUUACUUUACAGUUUUAUUAUAUUAGUGUUAUUACAUAUGUUGACUUUGGACUAAACAGAGCGGUCUCGCGUUGUUUGGUGUGCUAGUGAUUUGGUGCUCCUGCUCGAACUGUGUAUCUGGAUGAAAUAAGAGUUUGCGGUUCUAAAACUAGACAUCAGUGGCGUGCUUUUCGGUGUGUCCCCGAUCGUGGUCAGUACUGUACAGCGGUUCAUGGUCACCCGUGCGUAACCAAUCACAUGGCCGCUCUGGAGUGAAGCCUCGACACAGCACCACAGGUCGACCCACUCCCGUCCUCCACAUCGCAGCGAUGCCUCCCGGUGUUGUAGCCCCGUCUCCACGGAGCUCUCCGGCCCGGUGCUUCUACGCCUUGACACCGUACUUCAUAGAGGACUCUGUCAUCUCCCAGAGCAAGAUUGACCAGCUUAUCAGUGAGAGCUUUCUGACAGUGAAAGGCGCCGCCCUCUUCCUGCCCCGGGGAAAUGGCUCCUCCCCUACCUCUGCUUCCCGCUUCGCUCAGCUCCGCAGCAAACAUGCAGGUGACCUCCAGCAGCACCUGCAGACCAUGUUCACUCUCCUCCGACCAGAGGACAACAUCAAACUGGCUGUCCGGUUGGAGAGUACCUUGUAUCAGGGGACUCGUUACAUGGUGGUGGUCUCCACUAACGGCCGUCAGGACACCGAGGAGAGCUUGGUGUUGGGUAUGGACUUCAGCCCUGCAGACAGCUCGUGCUCGGUGGGGCUGGUUCUCCCUCUAUGGAGCGACUCACUGAUACACCUGGAUGGAGACGGGGGUUUCAGUGUGUCCACUGAUAACAGGAUCCAUGUAUUCAAGCCUGUGUCGGUGCAGGCCAUGUGGUCUGCUCUGCAGUCACUCCACAAGGCGUGUGAGGUGGCUCGUUGCCAUAACUACUUCCCCGGCAGCCUGUUCCUGACCUGGGUCAGCUACUACCAGAGCCGGGUCUCCUCUGACCAAUCACGCAUCAACGAGUGGAACGCCAUGCAGGACGUCCAAUCACACCGCGCCGACUCUCCCGUGAUGUUCUCUGACGUGCCGACGGAGAGAGAGAGGACGGAGCGGCUCAUCAAGACUCGUCUGAGAGAGAUCAUGAUGCAUAAAGACCUGGAGAAUGUCACCUGCAAAGAGAUCCGCACAGAGCUGGAGGUGCACAUGGUGUGUAACCUGUGUGAGUUUAAGGAGUACAUAGACAAUGAGAUGAUCCUGAUCCUGGGUCAGAUGGACAGUCCCACUGAGAUAUUUGACCAUGUUUACCUGGGCUCUGAGUGGAACGCAUCCAAUCUGGAAGAGCUGCAGAACAGUGGGGUGCAGUAUAUUCUGAACGUGACGAGGGAGAUUGACAACUUCUUCCCAGGUGUGUUUGAGUACCAUAACAUCCGUGUGUAUGAUGAGGAGGCUACAGACCUGCUGGCCUAUUGGAACGACACCUACAAGUUCAUUUCCAGAGCCAGGAAAGCAGGAGCUAAGUGUUUGGUUCACUGUAAGAUGGGUGUGAGUCGCUCUGCGUCCACGGUGAUAGCCUACGCUAUGAAGGAGUACGGCUGGGACCUGGAGAGAGCGUUCAACUACGUAAAGGAGCGACGUGCCGUCACCAAACCUAACCCCUCCUUCAUGAGACAGCUAGAGGAGUACCAGGGCAUACUGCUGGCCAGUAAGCAGAGACACAACAAGCUGUGGCGUUCCCACUCGGACAGUGACCUAUCGGAGCACCACGAGCCGCUGUGUAAGACCGGCCAACACCCCCACACCCUGGGCCGCUCCGACCCUCGUAACCAGGGUAACAGCCCCGCCGCCCCCUCCCUGCAGGAGCUGCUGCAGCCGCUGGGAUCCCCCUCCAACACGAGCCAGGUGGUGCGGUCCAUCUCCGAGUGUGGGACCCCUUCUAGUGCAGGGAAGGUGGUACAGUCCAGUAGCCAGCCCAAUACUACUGCUACCCAGGAGAAUAAUCUGGACACUAACCAGGAGACUAGGACUGAAGCUCUGUUGACCUCCACAACCGGGGACCAGUCAUUAGGUACUGGGGACCAGUCAUUAGGUACUGGGGACCAGUCAUUGGGUACUGGGGACCAGUCAUUGGGUACUGGGGACCAGUCAUUAGGUACUGGGGACCAGUCAUUGGGUACUGGGGACCAGUCAUUGGGUACUGGGGACCAGUCAUUGGGUACUGGGGACCAGUCAUUGGGUACUGGGGACCAGUCAUUGGGUACUGGGGACCAGUCAUUGGGUACUGGGGACCAGUCAUUGGGUACUGGGGACCAGUCAUUGGGUACUGGGGACCAGUCAUUGGGUACUGGGGACCAGUCAUUGGGUACUGGGGACCAGUCAUUGGGUACUGGGGACCAGAAUCCGUCAACAGCAGCAGCUACUACUGUCUCCACUGGUUCCCAGGCCCAUGGGGAGUCUGUGUGUUCCCAGUCACCCCCUCUCUCCAACGGCCUGUGUGAUUAUAAAGAGGACCCCUCAACCCCUCUCCCUCAGCCGCGGGCGGCCACCGUGGUGCCUGACAUUUCCACGGUAACCGUGGCGGAGACCGUGCCGGUCGGGCGCCCUCAUCCGCCCCCUAUCCACCACCUCCUUGUCUCCCCCGCCGCCCUUCCAACCUCCUCCGAUGAAGACGAGACUCCGAAAGCCAAGGAGCCGUCCACCACCUUGCCUAAGGAAAAAUACUGCCAGCUGCAGGUGACACCAUCAGUGCCUGAGUCAUCGUCGAUGACCCCGGAAACAAGCACACAAACAGCAGGACCACAAGAGCCGUCCACACCAGUGCCUGACAAGAAACUAGACUGUGACCAGCGGUUACCUGGGGCAUCAUUGGACAGUUCAGCAUCCCAACAACCCUCCAGUAUUGAGGUACUCAUCAUUAGCCAGCCCAGUGCCCCCCCUCAGGACCCUGCUCUCGAGGCGGAGGGGUCCUCGGCUCUCAGCACAGACCACAUCAACUUCUUCAGCGCCAGAGAGAAGUUCCAGGGCCUGACUCAGGAUGGGAGGACCCGUUGCCUUUCUGAUCAGGCACUGCAGCAGACUCCUCAGCCCAUACCCAGGGAUCCAGGACAGGAGCAGCAGCAGCAGGAGGACCCCUCUGCUGUGGCGACUGGGAAGGGAGAAGAAGAGGAGGAGGUCGAGGAGAGGAAGAGGGAGAGCAUUGUCUCUGUUCACCUCAUAGUCACAGAACUGGAGUCCAUGACGCACACUGUGGCCCCUUCCCCUGGCCCUCCCAGCCAACCAGAGCCUACUGUUUCCCAAGACCACGAAGUGGGUCAGUCAAACCAGGAAGUAGAGGGCAAAGAUGCAGAGUCACAGCAGGAAGUGGAGGUUGUCAAAGAGGAAGUGAAGGACGAAGCAGAAGAGAUGGAAGCAGUCUCCCACUCUCCUCCCGCCCCUCACUCUGCUGAUUGGACGAUGGGCUCUGUGCGCCGCGUCACCCAACAGCUGGAGCAGCGAAUGAGGCAGGACUCCCCACCUCCACCUUCCCUCCCUCCCACCCACCCCCAUCGUCGCUCCCCUCUCUUCCCUACCUCAAGAGAACACUCCCCUCCUGCCUCUCACCCCUUCCCAGAGACAAACUCCAACCCCCAGAAUGCACCACUCUGCCUGCAGGGGUCAGAGGUCAGCACUGUGCAGGAAAAGGGUGGGGGCUGUAGUCCUAUGGAGGAAGAUGGAGGACAGGAGGCUUGGAGAGAAGGUUUACAUGAAGACAGUGUCCAAAUGCACAAACACAACCUUAGUGAUGGCAGCCUUGCAUCUACCUUCCACCCCACCCUCAUCACCCCUCAUCACUCUACCCCCAUCACCCCUCUCCAUCCUACCUUAAACUCCGCCCUCGCCCCCCUCUCUUCCAUGGAUUUCCUGUGUCUGGAGGGGGUGACAGAGUUUGAGUCGGGCACAGACUGGGACAGUCUCCCGGGUCGAGGACCCCUCGGUGACGACGACAUGAGGGAGACAUGGGAAACUCUGCGGGAGCUGGGGGCGUUCCUUUGCCAGGUGAGCAGGGGCGGAGCCAAGGUACCCAGGUGUGUGGGCCAGGUGUGGGGGGAAGGUACGCAGGCGAGGCAGAAGAGGGUCAGGGGUGGCGACAGGCAGAGAGCUAGGGAGGUGGAGGCACGGAUUCGCCAGGCUGGGCUGACACCGCCCUCCCUGAUGAAGCGCUCUGCCUCAUUGGCUAAGCUGGGCUGCUUAGAGCUGUCGGCCAAUGAUCUGAGCAAUUGGGAUAUUAGCCCCACCUCUCCGGCGACACCCGCUGUGGAACCCCUCGUUCCUUCCACAGCGGCAGGCGAGUCCUCCAGGAAACUUAGGGUGCUGUUCCACAACGCCCUGCGUCCUCCUGUCUCCACCAGCAGAGCGGAGAGGCCUUGUGAGAGUGGACACACCCCCUCAGAACACUUGCAUUCUCCUACGUCCAAUCAAGGCUGGCAGAAGGGGAAACAUGCUGACUCUGGCCCCUCGCUGACGGCUGACCUGAUCUCCGUGGCAACACGACAGCAGUACGGAAGUACACACCCCCUACGUAGACUGAAGAAACGGACUGUCAGCACCCUCUACCACACUAUGUGACCCUCACUGUGUGUGUGUGUGUGUGAAAGAGCGUGAGAGACACAGAGUGAUGAAAGCUGGUCAAACGCCAGCCACUUCCCUUAGCCCCUACCACCUUCCCUGGCAGAUGUGUGUACAAUAUGCCAGCCUCGUCUAGGAUCAUUGUAAGGCUCGAUGGAUUAUAGCUAACACAAAGCUGAUCUCUUCAGGGCGUGAGGGCAUUAUGUAUGUAGUGACUUCUAGGAUGUGUAAUGUUUCUUGUUGCAUACUGUAUGUAGUGUGUAUUUGAGUUAUCAUUUUAGGAUGUGUCCUUUGUUUUCUAUUGGUUGGAGUCUGAACUGUUUGUGAGGCAGAAUAUCUCCAUAUGUGUGUGUGUUUUAAAAUAAUGUUUGUCACUUUUGUGUACAUAAAAGGAAGUGUGUCUGUGUGGGACUGAAAAGUGCAGUUUCUCCCUUCCCUUUCUAUCAGAAAUAACAAUGAUAUGGGGAGGUUUCUCAAAUAUGCACUUUACUGUUUUUUGAUUUGUGUACGGUUCCUACCCUUGGAGCAUGCUUAAUGUGAGUUGAAUAGUUGUGAGUAUUUUACAGUGCAGAAAUGUCAUUUCCUUUUAAAUCUGUAAAUAUUCUAAUUUUUUUAUGUACUUAAACUGUGACUAAUAAAUAAUGACAACUUAA